UCGGUGAGUUCGGUUGUUGAUUCUCUCUGUCGCUUACAACUUUAUGUUUUCAUGUAGCGAUUUAAUGCUUCGUUUGAAUAACUUCGAGGUGUCGACUCUCAUGUGUCAGUGUCAGGGUUGAUUAAUGAUCUUGGUGACAUUACAUUUGUGUAUAUGGUAGACUGGGGCAAUGAGGACAAGUGAGUUUGAUUCAUCUGACGAAGAGGACAUUGGUGAAGUGGAAGCCACGCCUUUUCAGAUCUCAUGGUUGUCUCUGUCAGUGGUGGAGUGUUCCCAGUCUCUAGGCAUUUGUUCUUUACCUGGAUGCAGAUAUAAAGAAACCAGAAGAAACCUGCAGAAAGAUGUUGCUGAGAUGUGUGAUCAGGGUGUGGAGGACGUGUUUGUGUUUUGUACCAGAGGAGAGCUGGUGCGCUAUAGGGUGCCAUGUCUCUUAGAGGUUUAUUCUCAGAAUGGACUCAGGGUGCACCACCUUCCCUUCCCAGACGGGGGCACUCCAGAGCUUUCUCAGUGCAGCUGCAUUCUGGAAGAACUGCAUGACUGCUUGCAGAAUCAACGCAGGACUGUCAUACAUUGUUAUGGAGGCCUGGGACGCUCAGGGUUAAUUGCUGCAUGUUUGCUGCUGCAGCUCUCUGUCUCCAUGACACCCAGUUCUGCACUGGAAAUCCUGAGGGAGCUGAGAGGAGGUGGAGCCAUUCAGACCGUCAAGCAAUACAACUUCCUUCAUGAGUUUCGAGAGAAGUUUGAAGCAUAUCAAGAAACCAAAGAGCGGCUUUCGGAGAGAUCAGUGUCCCGAUGAUCAACCUGACAUCCCGAUGAUGUAAAAGCAGAAAAACAGACAAAUUACUUUGGUGUUUUUGCUCUGUGGAUUUUCUCUACUAUGAUUAUGAAUGCAUUUGUUUCUUUUCUAGUGGCACUUUAAAAUGUCUGUGUUUUAUAAGUCAAUCUAAUAAUAUUGUGCUUAAUAUAUAACUUUAAUUUUGCAAUUAAAUGAGUCUUGUUCAGUACGCAAGUCUUAAAGGUGCAGUGAGUGAAUCCUGAGAAAUGCUGUCGAAAAUUGUAAUCAACACCCAAACAAAACAAACAAUUUUGUGAA